GCCACAGUCUCAUCGUCAGGCUCAAAGCUGGCUCCACGGGGGACACAGUGACAUGAGGAGCACACCACAGAGCCACCUCCUAGCCUUCUCCCUCCUCGGCCUCUUUUCAAAGGUGUAUGCCCAGCUGUGCCCGACACCAUGUGCCUGCCCCUGGCCAUCACCCCGAUGCCCUCUGGGGGUGCCCCUUGUGUUGGAUGGCUGCGGCUGCUGCCAGGUGUGUGCACGGCGGCUGGGAGAGCCCUGCGACCACCUCCAUGUCUGCAACCCCAGCCAGGGCCUGGUCUGCCAGCCCGGGGCAGGUCCUGGCGGCCGGGGGGCCGUGUGCCUCUUGGGAGAGGACGACGGGAGCUGCGAAGUGAACGGCCGCCUGUACCGGGAUGGGGAGACCUUCCAGCCCCACUGCAGGAUUCGCUGCCGCUGCGAGGACGGCGGCUUCACCUGUGUGCCCCUGUGCAGCGAGGACGUCCGGCUGCCCAGCUGGGACUGCCCCCACCCCCGGAGGGUAGAGGUCCCGGGCAAGUGCUGCCCCGAGUGGGUCUGUGACCAGGCUGGGGCGCCGGGGGUGCAGCCCCUCCCAGCCCGAGGAGCCAGUGGCACCUCCCCCAGUUGUGCCAACCAAAAAUGUCUCCAGGCAUUGCCAAGUGUCCCCUGGGGGGCAAAAUCACCCCAUUUGAGAGCACCUGAUACAAAGAACCAGAAGGAAGGACAACAAAAUAUGACCAGAGACCCCAGGUGUCCGGCCUCGUCGCUCCGCCGGCCCCUGGUAUCCCUUGCCCAGAAUGGAGCACGGCCUGGAGCCCCUGCUCGGCCACCUGCGGGCCAGGUGUGGCCACCCGCGUGUCCAACCAGAACCGCUUCUGCCGCCUGGAGACCCAGCACCGCCGGUGCCUGGCGGGGCCCUGCCCUCCCACCAGGGGCCGCAGCCCCUGGAACAGAGCCUUUUAGAGCCGGGCUGGGAAUGGAGUCGUGGUACCCAGUAGGUGUCCCUGUGCCAAAGCCAGGGGCAGACGGCCCUACCCUUGGCGCAGGUAACGACCAGCUUGGGUCCACCAUCCACACCCUGGAGGACGAGAAUAUUCGCAAGCUGCCUGGUCCAUCCGGACCCGGAUCCAUAGCACAGGCUGCAUGACCUAGUCCGUCCCCACCCCUCCGCCCCCGGCCUCUAACACACCACCUUGGAGGCUGGCCAAGGCUUCUAGGGUCUUCUGGUCCACUCCCUGCCUCUUCACAACCUUUAUCAAACAUGCCCAUGGGCAAGAUUUUGCUCCACUUCCCCUGUCAGGAGAUGGGAAACUGUCUUCUUUAAUCAUUGGGCUGAGUGUGUGCUGGGCUGGAUUGGCCAUUUCCUUGGGGGUCUGGUGAGGAGGGGGCCGCACA